GACGUCUGCGAAACCCAUGCAGGUCGCCCAAAGAAGGGGUCCAGUUGGCUGGAUUCACCCGUGGGGUUGGAUGACAAGGGCCAAUUGCUCCAGGAAUCAAGCCACGUUUCGACGCCACAGAUGACGUCGCCUUCCCCUUCCACCUGCACGAUAACCAGAGACGGGAAUCAUCCUAGUUGCAAGGCGUUGCGGUGUGACAUUAUGCAGAUGCAAGCUCUGGUCUAGAUCAUUAAGCCUAGAAAGGGCAGCUGUUUCUCCAGAUCAAGCAACCAAACACCUUCUCCUACAUCUCCCCCCGCAGACUCACACCCAAUCGCACUCUCAACAUCGCAACGCGGACCCCUACUUCAUCGCUAUGGCUUCUAAAACUGGCCGCCCGCCGAAUUACUACGCGAUCCUCGAGAUCUCUGAAACCGCCUCGACCUCCCAAAUCCGCGAUGCCUACAAACGCGCCGCCCUGAAAACCCACCCGGACCGGGUGCCCGCCGACCACCCAGAACGGGCCCAGCGCACGCGCAAGUUCCAGCUCGUCAACGACGCCUACUACACGCUAUCCGACCGCACCCGCCGGCGCGAGUACGACGCGCAGCGCAAGCUCUACGCCGGCAGCGGUGGCUCCAGAACCGGCGGCAGCAGUAUGCCGGGCGGGUUCGGCGGCGCCUUCACCGACCCCUUCGCCGAUGCCGACUACACCAGCACCGCGGGCGCCGGCGGGGUGCCCGGUGCGGGAGCCGCGCCGGGAGGGGGGAUGGGUGCGGGAGGGAUGCCCUUCUCGUGGGCGUGGAACUUCUUCACCGGCGGGCAGCAGCCGCAGGAGGAGAGGGAGCGGACGGAGAACGAGCAGUUUGCGGAUGUGUUUGAGGAGAUGCUUCGCGAGGAAGGGCUGGCGGAGGAAGGUCCUGGCGCGCGGCCGACGGGGAAGUUCUGGAGCGUAUUGGGUGGCAUCAGCGGCGGCGCGUUGGGCUUUAUUGUCGCGAACGUGCCUGGGCUGGUGGCGGGCGCCGUGGCGGGGAAUAGGCUUGGUGCCGUGAGGGAUGCGAAGGGGAAGAGUGUUUAUGCGGUUUUCCAGGAGCUACCGCAGGGGGAUCGGGCGAGACUGCUUAGCCAAUUGGCGGCCAGGGUGUUGAGCCAUGCGGUUGGAGUAUAAAAUCCUCGCAUUCUUCCCUAGGCUGUUGUCAGGGCUGUUGUCAGGUGCUGGGUUUCGUUUCGGCGUUGUGGUUUUCUUGUGAGGGUCCGGGCCUACUGGGUGCGAGGAUUGGGGCAAUGCGAAUAUACCUGCCAUUGGGACUGUUUUGCUGGU